AUGAGCAGACCAUUAUUCUAUUUCAAUCUUUCAUGCAUUUUUUAUUGGGUGUCAACUAUUUCUUCUGUUGCUGGUUAUAAUGAGACCUCGACAUAUACGAAAAAAAAUCCAGUAUUCAUACGUUGGGGUUAUAUGAUUUUGGAAUCAUUUAUAUCUACAUUAUUUGGUGUAGUGAUAUCUAUUAUAAUCAACUACAUUCAAUCAAAACGUAUGAAGACUUUAAUUGAAUCUACAAAAAAGGAAUUAUUGAACACAUACUUCAUGAAUAAUCGGAUGAAUAAACAUGAAAAAAUGUCAAUAUUAUCCAAUUUUAUACCAUUAAAAUCAUUCAAAUGCUUGAAUAUUGAUCAUACAACGUCACCUGUCAUUGUCGAGAAUUUAAUUGCUCAAGUUAAACAAAUAAGCAGAUUUACUAUUUUUCCCUAUGAUGAUAUAUUAUCGGAUCGAAAAUUCUUUGAAAUCGAGUUCAUUCAAGAAUCAGCUUCCAUCAUCAUUACUAUUGAAAUCUUUCAUCAAUCAACUCUUUUAUUUGAAAAAAUCGACAAAUUACUUUCUGUCAUCUUUGAAUCGUCCAAUAUGAUACAAACAUGGGGUGAUUUGGAUAGAAAUCUGUUAGAUUAUCAAAUUUAUACCGUCUUUUUCUAUGGUAAUAUUAAUAAAAGUGAUUUCGUUAAUGUACAAAAUAAUUUCAACUAUUGGUAUCAAAGAAAUUUUGGUCUUAAUAAGAAUUGUAGUGGAAUACUUGACUUUCAAGACACAGAUAUUCCGUUAUAUUCACAUUCAAUACGACCCUAUAAAUAUUCAAAAUACACAAGAUCACUUUGCAUGGCACUUGCUUUCACAUGUCAAGAAAAUCUCUAUUAUGAAAAUAAUAGUAAUGUUGAAUGUUUAGCCAUCACUAAAUUGUCCACUAUUAUUCAUACACAAUGGACAUGUCAAGAAAUUGAAGACUAUCGGAAAGAAAAUCAAGUCCAAUAUAAAGUAAAAAUGUAUAAAACUAUUUCAUUCUCGUCAAAUAUACGAUUUGAUACAUUUAACGAACUUACUCCUAUUGUUAAACAAACCAUUUAA